UAGGGUUUGCAGGAAGGAGCCGGGCUGCGACCGCGGGAGCGCCGCGCGGCGGAGGACGAGACCGAGGCUGGCAAACAUUCAGCGGCACGCUCUCUCAAGAUUGUCUACUUGCCUUUGCUCCCGUUGAGUUACCCCGCUUGGAAGCAGGAGAUGGGCUCAGCAGCAGCCGGCAGGACAUGAUCCAGGCGGAGCAGUGAGGGACGGAGCUGCUGAACUCAUCCAGAGGGCAGCCUUGUGGAUGGCCCCGAAGCAAGCCUGAUGGAAAAGGACGGAACCAGCCAUGCUGAGGGCAACAGACUAAGUCCGUUCCUGACACCGUCGCCUCCUCCCGUUUGCCAGACGGAACCUCUGGCUAGAAAGCUCCAGAAUGGAAGCCCGUUGACUGAGAGGCCCCAUCCGGAAGUGAACGGAGAAACCAAGUGGCAGUCUCUGAAAGGUUACGAUGGAAUAACCCACAUGAAGGGGGCCCAGGCCAGCCGCGUGAGUCCCGACUUCAUCCGGGAAGGGAGAGGCUAUGCCCGGUGUCUGCAGAACGGAGGGAUAAAGCGCACGGUCAGCGAGCCUGCUCUGUCCGGGCUCCAUCAGAACAAGAGAUUGAAACAAGACCAAAGGGCUAACGGAGAAAGGCAUGACUUCGGGGAAAGUCGAGGAAGAAACCCAAGCGGAAGCAGCCGUCAAGCAAAUGUCCCGGACUUGAAUGGUGAGAGAGAAUCCGUGAGCUCGGCGGCCCCAGACGAGGCAGUUGAAGAUUUCGCCUGUUUUUCGACACCGAACCGCAUCGGGUCUGAAAACCCAGAGCUUCGGAUUCUGAACGCGCAGGAGGGGAAGAACGCUAACUCCCGCGACAAGAACGUCGUGUUACUUCUUAAGAACAAGGCAGUGCUAAUACCUAAUGGUGCUACGGUUUCUGCCUCUCCCGUGGAAGACAUGCUGUCUCAACAUUAUCCAGACCGUGUCUCCACUGCAGCGCAGAAAUCCACAUCUCACGCAAAUGCCGUUAACAGUCAGGCCACUGCCCAGUCGUCUCGCGAGGUCGCUCCCCCGCCGUAUACCUCAGGGCAGACCCCUUCUCCACAGACCUCCAACCCCGAGCUGCCUCCGGAGCCGGCCGCGGCGGCGACUGGGGCCCGCGGUGCUGACGUUGCCAGUAAGCCAGCCGCGACGCCCGACGCCUGUCCCUUUCAGAAACCGCAACAGCUGCAAGGACAAAAAGCAGGUUUUGAGAUUCGCCCGUCUCCUGCAGAGGACAGCAGCAUCCCAGGAACCGCGAAGCUGGUAUCUGGUGAAGAAUUUUGCUCAGGUUCCGGCAGCAAUUUGCAAGCUCCUGGUGGCAGCUCCGAACGGUAUUUAAAGCAAAACGAAACGAAUGGUGCUUACUUCGAGCAAAGCUCAGUGUUCACUGAGGAUUCCUUCUCUGCGGCGACCACGCCACCGCCAUCACAAUUGCUACUCUCUCCCCCUCCUCGUCCACGGGUUCCUCAGCUUCCUUCGGAAGGAAAAAGCACUCUGAACGAUGGAGUUUCACAGGAACACCGUCGACACCCCAGCCAAAGCAAUGCGACUCUUUUAAGGGAAGCGAAAAUAGAGGGUCGACCUGAAGCACGACCCUCUCAGAGUCCCGAUCCAGCUACACGUGGGUCGAACCCCUCUCUGAUGCCUUCAGAAAGGUCUCAGAAUAAUUUUGUUAGCAAGAACGACACACGGACCCCAGGGACAUUGUGUUCUGAGAAAAUAAGACCAGGACCAGAACCUCUCAAGCACAACCCACCCACUCUCGGUGGCAGCGGGGGUCUGCAGAACCACUGCCGGCAGUUGACGAGACACAAAGAGCAAGAGGCUCUGAGGGGUCGAGACCGGGAACAGAGACGAGAUCUCGUGCUCCCAACACAGCACUGUCUGAAACCGGGAUGGAUCGAAUUGAAGGCCCCGCGUUUUCACCAGGCAGAAGCCCAUCCAAAACGCCCGGAAGCGUCACUGCCACCGACCCUUCCCUAUCCAUCCAGCUCCUCCAAUCACAUGACCUCCAAACAAUACACUGGAAAUUCCACCCUACCUGGGGGGCUCCCGAGGCACCCUUACAUGCACAGAACCGUACAGCUGGAGCAGCAGUCACAGAUGUACCGAGCUGAGAUGAAUCCAGGGCAGUCUCGAGGUACAGCGGACCAACACCUCCAGUUCCAAAAACCCUCACACCAGAUACACUUCUCCAAGACGGACCCUUCGCCCGGAGCUCACGUGCGGUCGCUGUGCGCUCCUAGGUUUCAUUUUCAACACAGAGCAGAUCCCCCAGCUGCGAAACUCACACCCCCGUUGUUAAAACAGCACUUGAAUCGACAGGCUUCGGAGACGGAGCCGUUUCCGGACUCACACUUUCUGCAACACAAGCCUCACACGCAGGCGGCCCAAACACAACUGUCCCAGAACUCGCAUCUCCCUCAAAACCAGCAGCAGCAGCAGACAUUACAAGUGAAGAAUAAAGAACAAGUGCUGCAAUGUUUUCCUCAUCCCCAAAGCAACAAUGAUCAGCAAAGAGAAGGAUCCUUCUUUGGCCAGAUUAAAGUGGAAGAAUGCUUCCACGGUGAAAAUCAGUAUUCAAAAUCCAGUGAGUUCCAGGCUCAUAAUACCCCAGUGGGACUGGAGCAAGUACAGACUAUGAACAGUAGAAAUUCCCCUUAUUGUCAGAUUUUGAAAUCAAGUGCAAAUAAAGGGCAGAUUCCUUCUUCAAACAGUGCACACCUCGUUCCAGAGAAUAAAGAACAGACUAUACAUUCUGAACUGUUUGUUGGAAACAAGACCCAAAACUUGCAUCAUUUGCAAUAUUUUCCAAAUAAUGUGACCCCAAAGCAAGAUGCUCUUCACAGGUGCUUUCGAGAACAAGAGCAGAAGCCUCAACAAGCUUCAGUUCUACAGGAAUAUAGAAGUAGAACCCAAGAUAUGUCUAAUCGACAAGCUGCACAACUCACUCAGCAGAGGUACUUAAUGCAUAGCCAAGCGAAUGCUUUCCCUGUGCCUGACCAGGGAGGGGGUCGCGUCCAGACUCCUUCCCAGAAGGACCUUCACAAGCACGCUGCUCUCAGGUGGCACCUCUUACAGAAGCAGGAACUGCAGCAGCAAACGCAGCAACCCCAAACUGAGUCUUGCCGUGACCAGGUGCACAGGCCAGUGAAGGUGGAACCUGGUUCCAAGCCCCAUGCCUGUAUGCACCCCGCGUCGGCGCAGCCGGAAGACAGAAUGUGGAAAAAGAUAACUAAGCAAGAGAUCCCACCUCCGAGCUGUGAUGAUGUACGGCAAAAGAGCAUCAUCGAGACCAUGGAGCAGCACCUGAAGCAGUUUCAGGUCAAAUCUUUAUUCGAUCAUAAGGCUCUCACUGUCAAAUCGCAGAAGCAAGUAAAAGUUGAAAUGUCAGGGCCCGUCACGGUUUUAACCAGACAGACCACUGCUGCAGAACUUGAGAGCCACCCCCCAGCUUUAGAGCAGCAAGCAACUCCUUCUUCAGAAAAGACACCAACCAAAAGAACAGCUGGUUCUGUUCUCAAUAAUUUUUUAGAGUCACCUUCCAAAUUACUAGAUACUCCUGUAAAAAAUUUAUUGGAUACACCUGUCAAGACUCAGUAUGAUUUCCCAUCAUGCAGAUGUGUAGAGCAAAUUAUUGAAAAAGAUGAAGGUCCUUUUUAUACCCAUCUAGGAGCAGGUCCUAAUGUGGCAGCUAUUAGAGAAAUCAUGGAAGAAAGGUUUGGACAGAAGGGUAAAGCAAUUAGGAUUGAAAGAGUCGUCUAUACUGGUAAAGAAGGCAAGAGUUCUCAGGGAUGUCCUAUUGCUAAAUGGGUGGUCCGCAGAAGCUGCAGCGAGGAGAAGCUGCUGUGCCUGGUGCGGGAGCGGGCCGGCCACACCUGCGAGGCCGCGGUGAUCGUCAUCCUCAUCCUGGUGUGGGAAGGGAUCCCGCUGCCUCUGGCCGACAGACUCUACUCGGAGCUCACCGAGACGCUGAGGAAGUACGGCACGCUCACCAACCGCCGGUGCGCCCUGAACGAGGAAAUUAUUCGUUAUAUGCAGGAAGAGAAACUGGAGUCUCAUUUGCAAAACCUGUCCACUCUAAUGGCACCAACGUACAAGAAACUCGCACCGGAUGCAUAUAAUAAUCAGAUCGAGUACGAGCACAGAGCGCCCGAGUGCCGCCUGGGGCUGAAGGAGGGCCGCCCGUUCUCGGGGGUCACCGCGUGCCUGGACUUCUGUGCUCACGCGCACAGGGACCUGCACAACAUGCAGAACGGAAGCACGCUGGUGUGCACUCUCACCAGAGAAGACAAUCGAGAGGUUGGAGGGAAACCCGAGGACGAGCAGCUCCACGUUCUGCCUUUAUACAAAGUCUCUGACGUGGACGAGUUCGGGAGCCUGGAGGCUCAGGAGGAGAAAAAACGCACCGGGGCCAUUCAGGUCCUGAGUUCCUUCCGACGGAGAGUCAGGAUGCUAGCGGAGCCGGUCAAGACCUGCCGACAGAGGAAGCUGGAAGCCAGGAAAGCGGCUGCCGAGAAGCUCUCCUCGCUGGAGAACGGCUCGAGUAAGAAUGAAAAGGAAAAGCCAGCCUCGUCACGCACAAAACAGGCCGAAAACGUAAGCCAGGCGAAACAGCUGGCAGAGCUGCUGCGACCUUCGGGGCCAGUCAUGCAGCAGCCGGCCCCGCGCCCUGUGGCUUCUCAGCCUCAGCCAGAGGCCGUCGACUCGUACGGCCCCUACGCGAGACGGCCCGAUGCGGCGAGUCCUCAUCCGAGCUCUUCACACGCCGCAGACGUUUACGGAGGCGCCGGCUCUGUGAGCCUCUACUCCUCCUCAUCCCACGCCGCAGGUUCGUAUCCGAGUUCUUCUAACCCCGUGAACCCCUACCCUGGGCUUCUGAACCAGAGUCACCAGUACCCGCCAUAUCAGUGCAAUGGGAACGUGUCGGUGGACAGCUGCUCCCCGUACCUGGGCUCCUACUCCCCCCAGUCUCGGCCCGUGGACCUGUACAGGUAUCCACGCCAGGACCCCCUCUCCAAGCUCAGCCUGCCGCCCAUCCACACGCUCUACCAGCCGCGCUUUGGAAACAGCCCGAGUUUCGCCUCUAAGUACUUGGCUUACGGGAACCAGGCCGUGCAGCGAGACGCCUUCGGCAGCUGUGCCCUCGCACCGAACGUGCACCACCUGGGGACGCUGCCGCCUUAUCCCACCCUCGAGAUGGACGGCCACUUCUUGGGAGCGGCCUCCAGGUUCCCACCCAAUGUGAGCAGCGCAGACACAGACUAUAAAAACGGUGAACAUCAUCCACCUUCUCACACGCUUCCUAACUGCGGCGCAGCCCCGGGCGCGCUCAGCAGCUCGCUCCACGCCGUGCCGCUGCAGGACAAGGACAACGACCUGCUCCCCCACGCGGCGAACGGGCUGUCCACGACGCUGCCGGGCCUCACCCACGACGGGACUGCCUGUGUCCAGGGCGGCUCGCAGACACCGCAGGAGGCUCAGGGCCAGGAAAAGCCGCCGUCGGCGCCGGCCCAGGGCCUGGCCGCGGCUGCGGAGGACGAGGAGGUCUGGUCGGACAGCGAGCAGAGCUUUCUGGACCCCGACAUCGGCGGCGUGGCGGUGGCUCCCACGCACGGGUCCAUCCUCAUCGAGUGUGCGAAGCGCGAGCUUCACGCCACGACGCCCCUGAAGAAUCCCAACAGGAAUCACCCCACCAGGAUCUCCCUCGUCUUCUACCAGCACAAGAGCAUGAACGAGCCCAAACACGGCCUGGCUCUCUGGGAAGCGAAAAUGGCUGAAAAGGCCCGCGAGAAAGAGGAAGAGUGUGAGAAGUACGGCCCGGACUACGUGCCUCAGAAAACCCACGGCAAAAAGCUGAGACGGGAGCCCACCGAGCCACACGAACCCCCGGAGCCCACCUACCUGCGCUUCAUCAGGUCCCUGGCCGAGAGGACCCUGUCGGUGACCACCGACUCCACGGUGACCACCUCCCCCUAUGCCUUCACGAGGGUCACAGGGCCUUACAACAGAUACAUCUGACGCCGCCCCUGCGCUGGACACCUCGUCGGAAAAGCCCACGACCGACCUGUCGGCAGAGCGGUUCUCGCGAUGCGGGCGGUGGGGGAGGCGGUGUCCGUGGCGAAGGUGGUGGGAGAAACCUCAGCUCACCAGCAAAAAAAAAAAACAAGAGGUGAUCUUACCCUAGCACUUAACUUCCACCGACCCCGAGUGGUCACAGAUGGCACUGGGAGAAAGACCAAAGCAUUCUAUGCAAAAAGAAGGUGGGGAAAAAAGGGUCUUGCGAUUUACAUUUUUAAACACUGGUUCUAUUGUUGGGCGAGAAGCUAUGUAAAUGUGAUUUUCUUUUUUCCCCCCCUUACAACUCUACACAUCUGUGACCGCUUUUAAUAAUACCAAGUUUGCAUAGUCAUGGAACACAAGUCAAAAAGUACUGUAGUGUUACAGUGACAGGAAUCUUAACAUACCAUCUGGUGCUGAAUAGACAAUGUACUGAAAUACUGGAAUUAUGGCUUUUUUAACAUGGCAGUUCUUACUGUAAUCUUAACUUUAAUUUAUCGAAAUAGCUACAGGAAACAAAUGAAUAGCAGCAAAACACUGAAUUGUUUGGACGUGCUAAGAAAUGGUGCUAAGAAAAUGGUGUCUUUAACAGUUGAACAUUCAAUGCCUUUUAUAUCAUCAAGAUGCUGUCAGUGUACUCCAGUGCCCUUGGUAGCAGGGGUACCUUUUCAUUCGAGUUUUUAUCGUAAUUACCUAUUCUUACACAAGCUUAGUUUUUAAGAUGUGGACAUUUUAAAAGGCCUCUGGAUUUUGGUCAUGCAGUGAAGUCCUUGUAGGACAAUAAACAUAUAUCUGUACAUAUAUACACAAACAUGUAUAUGUGCACACACGUAUAUGUAUAAAUAUUUUAAAUGGUGUUUUAGAAGCACUUUGUCUACCUAAGCUUUGACAACUUGAACAAUGCUAAGGUACUGAGACGUUUAAAAAAACAAGUUUACUUUCAUUUUAGAAUGCAAAGUUGAUUUUUUUUUUUUUAAAUGAAACAAGGAAAGCUUUUAAAAUAUUUUUUGCUUUUAGCCAUGUAUCUGCUGAUGAGCGAUGUGUCCAUUUUUAACGCAGCCAGUUAAAUCCAAGACGGGGCUUGCUGGAUUCAAGGGAAUACGUUAGUCUACGACACACACGUUUUCUGGUGCUCAUCUCACAUGUUAUACUGUAAGACAGUUUUAUACAAAAUUGUAUGACAAGUUCAUUGCUCACAUAUAUGUACAGUUUCAAGGGUUUUUCUAUUAACUGCAGGUGAUAAUUAGCCGCAUGCUAGAGAC